AUGUCUGUCCCCGAAACAAAAGAGCUUAAAGCUGAAUGGAAGACUGAAACUGUCUUGCCUGAAUACACAUUGAAAGAUGUGGCAGCACAUAAUACAAAGGGUGACACCUGGAUGGUGAUUCACGGACAAGUCUUCGACCUCACAGAAUACCUCCAGGAUCACCCAGGAGGUGCAGAUAUCCUAGUCGAUGUGGCUGGCACUGAUGCCACAACGGACUAUGAGGAUGUCGGUCACUCAGAGGAUGCGCGCGAAAUUAUGCAGCCCUUCCUCGUGGGCACCUUGAAAGAUGCUCAGCAGUAUGUGCGGCCCAAGGCAGUGCGCGUUGUCUCUCAAAAGACAUCUACAGAGGUUGCUUCAUCCUCUUCAUCACCUCUCAAAGCCAUCGCCUGUGCCCUGGGUGGUUUGGUCCCUGCCUACUACAUCCUCAACCGUGUCAACCUCACAAAUCGCAUAAACGCCGUCUCCCACCUGAUUCCUCAUAAAUUGAAGGAACUAAGACUGCCACACGGCGGCUUCAUCAACGGCUUCCUAGCCGCCUCCGCCAUCUCCGCCGUCAUCGGUGUCCUGGUCGCUCGUCAAGCCGACAAAUUCACCAAAAUCGACUCCGGCUUCAUGCGCUACCCCCCACACAUGAAAGCCAAGAAGGUCAUUCGCGCAGACCCCCAUCUAACACGAGGCUUCCUCGAGCCCCAACAAUACCAACGACUCCCUCUAGUCGAGAAGACCGAGCUAGCAACGAACGUCUUCAAAUUCGUCUUCGCCCUCCCCACCACCCAAGCCGUCCUCGGUCUUCCCAUCGGCCAGCACGUCGCCAUCCGAGCCGAGAUCGACGGCACCUCCGUUUCCCGCUCCUACACCCCCACCUCCAACAACGUCGACCGCGGCCGCAUCGAACUCGUCAUCAAAUGUUACCCGGACGGUCUGCUCAGCGGCAAGUACCUCGCCCACCUCACCGUCGGCGACGAAGUCGAGUUCCGCGGACCCAAGGGCUCCAUGCGCUACAGCAAGGGUCUCUGUCGCAAGAUCGGUAUGGUCGCCGGCGGCACAGGUAUCACGCCCAUGUACCAGCUGAUCCGCGCGAUCUGCGAGAACGAUACCGAUACCACGGAAGUGAGUCUUGUGUACGCGAACCGCAGCGAGGCUGAUAUCCUACUGCGCGAGGAACUGGAGCGAUUCGCGCGCCGGUACCCGAAGAAUUUCAAGUUGUGGUAUAUGGUGGACUCGGCGGAGGAGGACUGGGCUUAUGGAACGGGAUAUGUGGAUCAGGCGGUUCUCACGGCGCAUUUGCCGGGUCCUUCAUUGGAUACGAAGAUUAUGUUGUGUGGGCCGCCGGGGAUGGUGAAUGCCACUAAGAAGAAUUUGGUGGCGAUGGGCUUUGAGAAGCCAGGGGUUGUGUCGAAGAUGACGGAUCAGAUCUUUUGUUUCUAG